GAGUGGAGCUUUUCUUGAGAGUUGGUCAGUGGGAAGGACGAAAUCAGUGUGAAUAUCAUCUGUGAUGCAAUACUUUAUUUUCAGGUUACGUUUUCUGCACCACCAUGGACUUAAUUAAGAAGUUAGUUCUUUUUACACCAAUUUUAUCUUUGAUUUCAUAUAGUUUUUCCUUCUCUCUACGAAGCUUUUUAAGUUGAGGCGAGGAGAAACGGUCAAAUUUGACGAAUAGUGUUUCUUUUGGACAACAGAUUUCAAAACAGAAUUUCAGAUAGGAUGUAAUAUUAGAGAUAUUGUCAUUAAGUGAAUCAACAUUAAACAAAUCCCAUCUUGUGUCACUGAGCAUGUUUCUAAGAUGAUGUACGUUCUCAUUUGAGUAGCAUCUGUGAACAACUUUCUUAGACAAGUUUGAGAGGGCUUUACUGUGUAACUUUCCGUAAAUUUUGGGUAAGACUCGUACAAUACAAUGAUCAGAAUUGAAGAGUGGGGCUCUUUUACGAGCUUCGUAUAUUCCAGAAUCAUUUAUAAAUACUAAAUCAAGUGAAGUAUUUUGUCGAGUUGGGAAAUUAACAACAUUUUCAUGGCCCAGCAAUGUAAUAAAACUGCAGUCGCUGGAGUUGAAGUCGCCGGUCACUAUAGAUAAGGAGUUACCAAACGAAGCAGCAGCAAAAAUAGUGAAUUCAUCAGCGAAGAUAGAUAGUUCUGAGGGACUGCAACAAGGUGUGAUAUAGAUAUUUGUGACAAAAAUGGAGCUGUACUUAGGUAAGUGUUUAGGUCGACAUUUUACAGUUAUACAGUCAAUAUUGUCAUUUGAGAAUUUGAAGCAGACGUUGUUGGCAGUAGACCACUGAGAAUUAAUAAAAGUGGCAACACCACCACCUCUCUUCUUCUUCGAGCUGCAUCGGUCUUGUCUGUAGAUUGUGAACCCACUUAAGGAGACUAAAAUGUUGUCAUAUGAAUCAUGGAGCCAAGUCUCUUGAAGAGUGAUUACACCAGUAUUACAAUAUACAUUUGAGUAUAAUAGAGAAUGCAAGUAGUUAAUCUUGUUCGAUAAUGACCUGCAAUUUGUGCUCAUAAUCACAGGAACAGUCAUCUGAUGCAUUGGAGUACACUUUAAUGAUCUCUGCCAACCUCCAUGAUGCUUUUUCUUAACGUUAUUAUAUACUCGUAAAUCAACGGGGGUGAGUAUAUACGUGGUUUCGUGUUAUAUUUUCCGCGACUAAUUUGUUUUCGUCUUUCAUUGGCUAGAAUGGUGGCGGUCAAUUGUAGUUUGAAUUGUCCUUGGGUGCGUGCUGUCGGGUGCUGUAUUUGCGUGGUUGUGUUUGCGUCGUUUGCCAGCAUAUGUGAUUACUGCAAACGUGUAUUAGACUAUUGUAACGCUUUGUUUUUCUUUGUUUGUGCAUGUACUAGGCUUUAUUUGUCGUACAAUUCGUUGUUUGGUGUAUUGGUUGCUUGCGAUGUCAACGAACCGGUGGGUUCUUGUGUUUUUCUGUAAUUUAGGUUAUACGUGCGGUAUUUUCUUGAUGGUUAUCGAUCAUCCCUGUAUUUCAAUGUUGUGUUUUUACGAUUUAUCUUGGAAUAGUUGUGACAUAGAUGGAUCCUAAUUGAUAAUUUUAUUUUAGUCCGUUGCAGGUAGUCAAUUCGAGUGACAGGAGCACAGAUUUAAGUGGAAUUUUUGCUGAAUACAUACUUGGAAAGCGUUUCUUCAGCUGGGAUGAAUUUGAGAAGUCAUUAGCAGAAUUUCAAAAAUUAUCCUACACUCACUAUGUUCAUAAUUGCAGCAAAACGAUACAGGAUGACAGAUUUAAGUACGCUUAUGUUGGUUUUAAAUGCACGUUUGGAGUGAAUCGUACAAGACCUGGAUUGAAAUUGAAAAACAAGUCGUAAGAAGAAGUUUAAUAUGAUUUCAUGAAUAUUUCAGGUCUAAAUGUUGCAAUUGCUCGUCUUCAUUUCGCGUGAUUUCGCGUUAUAGUGAAUACAUAAUUGCUUCCCACAGUAUGGUGCAUAACCAUCCAUGCGGCAGGGUGUACAUGCAGAAUGACCCGUGGUAUAGACGACUAACAGCUGAAGAGAAAGAAAAUAUUGAACCACUUCUUCAGCAAUCCCACUCAUCCGAUGAAAUAAUAAUGCAUGUUAAGGAGAAGUACAACAAGGAUAUAACUCGCAUUGACGUUAAAAAUAUGAAAGCCGCAGUGAAUAAAGGUAACGUUGACGUACUUGUUACAUACUUAAGGUAUUUCGAGUCGUCGUGACAUUUUUGAAUUCCUAAAAUCCCGUGGGAAGUUAAUGGAGUAUUAUUCCGAUGGACCGAUCAGGAAUUCACUAACAAGAAUUUGUUUUGCAACUUAUGAGCAAAUGGAAUUGUAUAAACAGUUCCCUGAAGUUGUUGGUAUCGACUCGACGUAUAAUACAAAUAAGGGGAAGUAAGUUUACCAAUUCAUUAACCAACGUGCAGGUAUUCUUUGUUCCAAUUACUUGUGAUGGAUAAUUUUGGUCGUGGACGACCAGUUUUAUUUGCGUGGACUAGAAAAGAAUUCAAACGAGAUGUAGUUUGGAUAUUAGACUGUUUCCGGCAAAUAAUGGAAGACACCUCCAAAACAGAAUCCUUCAUUAUGGAUUGUGCGCAAGCUGAAAUAGCAGCCGUCAAGUUAACACACAGACAAGCGCACAUUGUUUUGUGUUCUUUCCAUGUUUGCCGAGCUUUAUGUUGGAAAACAAGAAAUCCCAUUGUGAAGAAUUAUUUAUGCCGUCUAGUGCAGUGUAAAAGGAGAUCAGAAGUUAUUAGCAGAUUGGAUGCUAAUGUCAGUCAAUAUCUACAACGUCGUUGGAUGCAUCGACGAGAAUUGUGGGCAGCCUGUUUCAGAGAUAACGUGCUGACUUUUGGGAACGAUACAAAUAAUCGUGUCGAGAGUUCCCACAAGCGGAUGAAACGGUUUUUGCAAAGAUCUGAUAGUCUGCAUAAAAGUAUGCUAAAGGUGUAUAAAUGGCAUAAACGAAGUUUUUCAAUAAUACAGCAGGAGGCGAAUAUUGCUCAGUCACGAUGCUUCACGUAUCCCCGUUCACAACGUCUAAUCCCAAUUAUACGGUUGCUGACGCCAUACGCCGCGAGGAAGGUAAUACGUGAAUACCAAUGGCGACGAUGGGCUAUUGUUGAGUUUGAAUCCUUUGAUUAUGUAUUCUUCAAAGAAAAUGGGAAUACAGUGCAGGUUGAUCUGAGUGCUUGCACCUGCACGUGCUUUACAUUUCAGACCUGUCGGUACCCCUGCCGACACUUGCUUUUGGUCCACUUCAGAAAGCCGUAUUUCACAGUUAACCAUGUGAUGCAUAAUUGUAAACAAUGGACGUGGUCACGCAACUUGUUCGCAUCUCAAAGUACGUCAGCAGUUAUCCCUCGAAAUCAAAGUGACAUAUACGAUACCAAAAAGAAGAUUAUCAUUGCGGGUAUGAACAGAAUUAAUGACAAAUUUGGAGAAGUGUUUGCCAAUACUUAUGCAGACGGAGUAAUCGCAGGAAUCAAUCGUGUUCUUAAUAUGUAAAUAAACUAAAUUUGUAUCAUAAUGAAAAUAAAAUUUUCAUGUAAAUUUUGUUGUCUUUCAAUUGGUGUGGUGUGGGGUGGUGUUGUGGGGGAG